AUGAUCUACAAUCACUUCCCGAAUGAGGAGAAAUGGCAGCUGUUAGCUGGACCAAUAACAAUGCAAGAAUAUUUGAGUAUGCCAGAAACACAUGCGGCAUUUUUCGAGUUUAACUUACAAGUGAUUUCACCGCAAAAUUCACACGCCAUCUCUCUCCAAAAAGACAAAUAUUACGGCGAGAUACUGGUCCGUUGUCCAGAUGAUACUGAGUUAAGUGGCUCAUUAAAGGAGUCGACAGAUGAACAAACGGUGAAAGGAGCCGAUAAAGUGUAUUUUGAUCGUCAGAAGUCAUUGUGGAGGUGCCAGUUUGCUCCAAGGAAAAAUGGAAUGCACGAUAUCACAAUCUAUGCAAAGAAGAAAUCCAGUGAAGGCACUUUUGCUGGAGCUGUCUUAUUCAUCUUUGAUGUUAAAGAUCUGAAAACAUUCAUUUCCUUCCCACGCACAUGGUUCCAUUUCUACGAGUAUGAUUUAGAAGUUGUUGCUCCGCUUCAUAGUGGAUCGGUUGUAUGGCCUGUUGGCGCUUCUUACUGUGAAAUUCUUAUUCGAUGUCCAGAUGAUGUGCAGCUGUCGGGGCACAUAGGAAAAGGUCAACGAAUUCAACAAGGCGAGCUCAUUCAAUACAAUGCGGAAAAAGAGUUGUGGCAAUGUUUAUUCGCACCGAAAAGUAACGGUUUACACGAGAUCACCAUAUUCGCGAAAAAACUAGAUGGAAAAGAAAAUAAAUCACAUUGUGUAGUCCAGUUCGACUUAGAUGUGAAAGAUCUAAAGCAAACUAUGACCUUUCCUUUGACUUAUGAACCAUUUCAAGAGCGAAAAUGUCAUCUCUAUGAACCGUUAAAUGGUAUAUUGAAAAAAGGUGCAGCAGCGACGAUUCACUGUCGUCUUCCGGGAGCAACAGAAGUGAAUAUGACCGUUGAUUCGAAAUGGUUAACAGCUCAGGGCUAUGAGAAUAAUGUGUUGAAACGUACAAUUAAAGUCGGAUCUCAAGAUAUGUCCCUUUGGGCGAAAUACGAUAAAAAUUCGAGUUAUUCCAGUGUUUUAACAUACACUGUCAAGUAA